GUCGAGUCCCCUGUGCUCGGUGCUCUGGUGGGGUUAGCAUCUCCUUAGUAGGUAAGUAGUGGAAGUCGUCUCUACCUAUCUGAGAUAGCACUUUCGGUGCUCACGAUCUCCUACCACUGACUGGAGACGACAAAGCUACUCGCCCGACAUUAAGAGAGCGUACAAUCAACUCCAACUUCGACCAAUCCCAACCUCACUGGUGGUCUUUGACAAUCGCUUGGCAUAGACCUCCCUUUAGCGAAUUCUCAGCGAGUCGGAAACACCCACGAAACAAUGCCCUUUAUGAUCGACUAGACAACUGCAUUCUGCCUGACAAUGGAGCCUUCAUGCUCUUUGUAGCCGAUCCCUACUUCUUGAACCUCACCCCCAGCGAACCCAAUAGCCCUCCAUUUCCCGGCGAACCGUCGUUGAUAUCAUGAGUUCAGCGACUCUCAGUACUCUACUACCUUUUUCUCGAAAAGCAAUCAUAACUCAUACCCAACACCCUUAUUGAAGAACGAUCCUCCUUUCUUAGUCGAACCUCGUUCUACUAGCUGCUCUUCUAUCAUCUUGCGCCUACAUAACAGGUGAAGAUAACCCUAAUAAUAGUCUUAGGGACCUGGCAGCGACUUUGUAUGGUUCUAUAAUCUUCGACCGGCGCGAUGAUACCUUCAAUGAACCACCAGGUGACCCAUGUGGCCCUGCUCGAAUGGGCAAAUGCCAUGAUCGCUAGCUUUGCGCCCGACCGUCAGUCGACUCUAACAGCGAAGAAGGCUGAACAGCUCUUCGACGGCGCCUUCUUCUCUGCCCUUCUCGAAAUACUGGACCCCGAUUAUAAUCCUUCUCGGUUUGAGCAAAGCCUCGAAGCGUCAAAGGCUGGCGAUGAGACACGGAGAAGCAUGCACAUUAUCCAUAUAAGUCUAAAUGAUUUUGCUCGGCGGCUAUGUCCUAAGAUCGAGCCUUUGAUCAAGAUGACCGAUUUUCAAGCCUUGGAUAGAGAUCCGACAAGAGCAGGCAUAUCCGAGGUCCUCUUGAUAUUAUUAUGCGGUGCUUGCUUCCACAAGGAAAACUCUCAAUACAUUGCACUCAUACAAGGCUUGGACUCGAAAUAUCAAUCCGCUAUUUUCAAGAUUCUCACCGAGGUUGACACAAAACUCAGCCAGGAUAAUGCUACAAUUGAUGAUGACCGUGUGGCAGCUACUGAUAGUGCUAGAGUAGAUGCUGAUCUUGCACACGAAGCCGCCAUAGCUGAUUUACAGCGCGAGGCCGAGGAGGCCAAGCGGCAAGCUGGUGGUUUAAGACUACGAUUGGACCGCCUCCAGGAUAAUUAUGAUGAACUGGUUAGGAAACAUGAAGAGUUACAGGAUGAGAAUGAGCAACUUCAGAAGCAAAUCGAAUCAGAAGCUGGUAACUUUGAUCGACACCGGUUGCAGCGGAGCUUGAAAGAGAAUGAGGCACUCAUCGCCAACUUGGAAAAUGAAAGGAACUCUUUGGUAGAAGAGAGAGAGCGACUCUUGAAAGACAAGGUGCGCCUGGAGACUGCGGCGCAGAAGGCUGAGACCCUCAUCGACGAGAACCAGGAGCUGAAGGCCAAGAACGAAGAGUUAUCCAAGAAGGCAAAUAUGGCUGAUAACCUUCGAAAGAAGGUCGAGGCUUUUAAGCAUGUGGAGGCCGAAUUAGCGUCCCUACGUAACGAUAGGAUGGACCUUUCUAAGACCUAUGAUCAGCUCACUUAUGCUAACUCAAAGAUCGAGACUCUGAAGCGAGAAAGUGAGGCAUAUGCUUCCAAGAUGCAAGGGUACGAAAUCGAUAUUGCCAACAUGCGAGACCAGAAACUAGCGCUGGUUUCGCAGAACCAGGACAUGAUGAUCCGCUUGAGUGAGUUGGAACAGAGAAGCCAGCUUGAUGAGGCCGUUGUGAAAGAUCUCCAGGAGAAAGUCUUGAUGUUAGAUCCUUCUGCGACUGUAGAUGAUUCCCUUACUACUCGCCCCACAUCCCUUGAAGAUGAGCUUAAUGAUUCCAGCAAUACGAUAUCUAUGAGGAACCUUGAGGUACAGAGACUCCAAGCUGAAAACGCCGUGCUGAAGAGUUCUAUUGGCUCCGAAACCGACAAAGGUCAGCUGCUUCAAGAAAUGGAAGGUUUGCGUACCUCUCGCCAGGCUAUCCAGGAUAAGUAUAACGAUCUUUUUGAGAGAUUCACGGUUGGCCAGAAGCAGAUCGACGCCCUUAUUCAGAACUUGAGCGGAAAGGGAGACGAAGCGUAUUCGAGCCUACGGACCCAGGUCCUCGCCGAACAAAGCCGGUCUAAGCAAUUUGAAAGGCAACUUGAGAUCCUCAAAGAACAGCUUGCCGAUAAAGAGCGUACUCUGUUGGAAGCCCGCGGCGAUUUGACUGCUGUUGAAAAGUCUAGUAUGGAUGCUCUGACGGAGCUGAAGAACACCGAUGGCAUGAUCGCGGCCUCACUUCGUACAGAGCUUGAAGCAGAGCGGAAAAAAUCCAGAUUAUUAAAAGAUGAGUCGGAAGCUAUGCAAAAGCAGCUCCUGUCCGCCUUGAUUGAGAAGGAUGAGAUCCGCCGUGAAGCCGAACGCGCCAGCCAAGAAUUACAAAAGGCGGCCGAUGGGCAGACCCCUAGCACGGAUUUUAUCAAACAAUCCGAGAAGAUGGAGAAGCUUCGCACUCGCUACAAGCAGCUACAGCAGCAAUAUGAACAAUCCGAGCUCAAGAACCGCGAACUCGAGCGAACUCUCAAAGGCGUUCGCGCUGGUGCAGAAGCGAGCACACAGAAGGCCCAGACAGACGAGAUGGUCAAGAAUCUUCAACGCGAGAACACCAUGAUCGCUACAGCAUGGUACGACUUGUCAAGCAGGUUGCAAAGCAAUCACUUCGUUUUGCAGCGGCGCAACGAGAAUCCCAAGAGCUGGCUGAACAAGCAAAGAGUAUUGGUUAAUGGUGAGCACCCAUUUCCUUUGUGAUACGUAAGUCAUUAUGUUGAUGCCAGUUUGUGCAGCUACGCCGCGAAGGUAGGAACUUCUGCAGGUAUAAGAAGUAACCAAGCAACUCCUGGUUUAGACGUCCAGCGUUAAUUGCGAAUGCACAAACCAACUAAACGCGUGGUAUAUAUUUCUGCACCCUUCAAACGGACAUUUCCCCGACAUGGCCGAAAAGUACACCGGAAACCAUAUAUUAGCUUGGUUUGGACCUACUACCCCCUGAAUGAUAGGAUACAAGGUGGCUCGAUACAUUAUGCCGAUCCACGUACGAAACUUACCCACACUCAAUUCUUCGCAUACACAAGUCUCGAGCAGAGAAACAUAUUAAGGAAUCAGGACAUAUAUACCCGUGGGCUUCAUUGCUGUCAAUUGCCGACCUGUACAUAUAUACUACCUACUUCAAGCUAGCUUAUACCCCCUUUUUAGAAUAGAUGCCAGGACAUGUCUAUGUCCUGCGUACCCUUUUCCUACUAGCUUGACUAGAAUCUUAUUCGAUUGCCAUGACAUAUCAUUAUAAAGUCAGGGAAUAAAUAGUUUUAAGGUUGACGGGUGCUGAAACGUAUGUCUCCGUGUCUCACAAUAAAAUAGACUGCACAAGG